CCGUAAUCCACCUCCGAGCUCGGCUGAGCCCGUGACAGAAGUCCCUCAACGAAAACCCGCUCCUCUUCCCGCCUUUUUUUAUCUCUCUCCCCCUCCGAUCUCCCUCUUCCACCUGUUCUCUCCGCGUAUAUUGAAUAUCCUGGGGCUCUCAGAGUAUUCGUCAACAUGAGUGCUCUUACCGACAACCUCCCCCCGGCCGUCCUCCAGUUCGCGCCCUUUGCCGUGGCAUUGGUGGCCGUCUUCCUCGGAUGGAAGCUGUUUGGCGGCAGCAGCAGUCCCCGGAAGGUGCUCAACCCCACCGAGUUCCAGGAUUUCGUCCUCAAGGAGAAGAAUGAGAUCUCCCACAACGUGGCCAUCUACCGCUUCGCCCUGCCCAACGCCACCGAUAUCCUGGGUCUGCCCAUCGGUCAACACAUCUCCCUCGCGGCCACCAUCGAGGGCCAGCCCAAGGAGGUCGUCCGCUCCUACACUCCCAUCUCCUCCGACAAUGAGGCCGGUUACUUCGACCUCCUCGUCAAGGCCUACCCCCAGGGUAACAUCUCCAAGUACCUGACUACCCUGAAGCUCGGCCAGACCCUGAAGGUGCGCGGCCCCAAGGGUGCCAUGGUUUACACCCCCAACAUGUGCCGCCACAUCGGAAUGAUCGCCGGCGGUACGGGCAUCACCCCCAUGCUGCAGAUCAUCAAGGCCAUCGUCCGCAACCGUCCUCGCAACGGAGGCAACGACGUCACCAAGGUCGACCUGAUCUUCGCCAACGUCAACCCCGAGGACAUCCUCCUCCACAAGGAGCUUGAGGAGCUGAUCAAGGAGGAUGACGGAUUCCGCGUCUACUACGUUCUGAACAACCCUCCUCCCGCCUGGACUGGCGGUGUGGGCUUUGUGACUCCUGAGAUGAUCAAGGAGCGCCUCCCCGCCCCGGCCAGCGACGUCAAGGUUCUUCUGUGCGGUCCCCCUCCCAUGGUCAGCGCCAUGAAGAAGGCCACCGAGUCUCUGGGAUACACCAAGGCUCGUCCUGUCAGCAAGCUGGAGGACCAGGUUUUCUGCUUCUAAACCUGCGGUCAUGCAGUGCCGCAUCGCGUCCGGUGGCGCGCUCUCGUGCCAAUUCCGGAUGUCGACUACCCCCCUUUUCAAUGUAAACCAGACAUACGACACAUGGUCUGGCCGUUGGAUGUAAGAUGAGAUAAGAUGUGCUACAGCACAGUGGAGCAGUGUUCAGAGUUCGCAAGAGAUAGAAGCCCAGCAGGGGAACAUAAU